AUGGAGAGCAAGGCGCUGCUGGCCAUCGCUCUGUGGCUCUGCGUGGAGACCGGGGCUGCCUCCGGGGGUUUGCCUAGUGUUUCCCUUCAUCCACCCAGACUCAGCAUACAAAAAGACAUACUUACAAUUAUGGCUAAUACAACUCUCCAGAUUACUUGCAGGGGACAGAGGGACUUGGACUGGCUCUGGCCCAACAAUCAGAGUGGCUCUGAGAAAAGAGUGGAGGUGACUGAGUGCAGUGACAGCUUCUUUUGUAAGAUGCUCACGAUUCCAAAAGUGAUGGGAAAUGAUACUGGAGCCUACAAGUGCUUCUAUCGGGACACUGACAUGGCCUCGGUCAUUUAUGUCUACGUUCAAGAUUACAGGUCUCCAUUUAUUGCUUCUGUUAGCGACCAACAUGGAGUCGUGUACAUCACUGAGAACAAAAAUAAAACUGUGGUGAUUCCAUGUCUUGGGUCCAUUUCCAACCUCAAUGUGUCACUUUGUGCAAGGUAUCCAGAAAAGAGGUUUGUUCCUGAUGGAAACAGAAUUUCCUGGGACAGUAAGAAAGGCUUUACUAUCCCCAGCUACAUGAUCAGCUAUGCUGGCAUGGUCUUCUGCGAAGCAAAAAUUAAUGAUGAAAGUUACCAGUCUAUUAUGUACAUAGUUGUGGUUGUAGGGUACAAGAUUUAUGAUGUGAUUCUCAGCCCCCCUCACGGAGUUGAGCUGUCUGUUGGAGAGAGGCUUGUCUUAAAUUGUACUGUAAGAACUGAACUAAACGUAGGGCUUGACUUCAACUGGGAAUACCCUUCUUUGAAGCAUCAGCAUAAAAAACUUGUUAACCGGGACCUAAAAACCCAGUCUGGGAGUGAGAUGAAGAAAUUUUUGAGCACCUUGACUAUAGAUGGUGUAACCCGGAGUGACCAAGGGUGGUACACCUGUGCAGCUUCCAGUGGGCUGAUGACCAAGAGGAACAGCACAUUCAUCAGGGUCCACGAAAAACCCUUUGUUGCUUUUGGUAGUGGCAUGGAAUCUUCGGUGGAAGCCACUGUGGGAGAUCGUGUCAGAAUCCCUGUGAAGUACCUUGGUUACCCUCCCCCUGAAAUAAAAUGGUAUAAAAAUGGAAGACCCAUUGAGUCCAAUCACACAAUAAAAGUGGGGCAUGUCCUGACGAUUAUGGAAGUGAGUGAAAAAGAUACAGGAAAUUAUACUGUCAUCCUUACCAACCCCAUUUCAAAGGAGAAACAGAGCCACGUGAUAUCUCUGGUUGUGAAUGUCCCGCCCCAGAUCGGUGAGAAAUCCCUGAUCUCUCCGGUGGAUUCCUACCAGUAUGGCACCACGCAGUCGCUGACAUGCACGGUCUACGCCGUCCCCCCUCCGCACCACAUCCGCUGGUACUGGCAGCUGGAGGAGUGCGCCUACAAGCCCGCCCAAGCUGUCUUAAUGACAAACCCAUACACUUGUAAAGAAUGGAGAAACGUGGAUGACUUCCAGGGGGGAAAUAAAAUUGAAGUCAACAAGAAUCAGUUUGCCCUAAUUGAAGGAAAGAACAAAACUGUAAGUACCCUUGUUAUCCAAGCAGCCAAUGUGUCAGCUUUGUACAAAUGCGAAGCCGUCAAUAAAGUUGGGAGAGGAGAGAGGGUCAUCUCCUUCCACGUGAUCAGGGGCCCUGAAAUCACUUUGCAACCGGACACCCAGCCAACCGAGCAGGAGAGCGUGUCUUUGUGGUGCACUGCAGACAGAACUACGUUUGAGAACCUCACGUGGUACAAGUCUGGCCCACAGGCUCUGGCAGUCCAUGCGGGAGAGGUGCCCACACCUGUUUGCAAGAACUUGGAUGCUCUUUGGAGAAUGAAUGCCACCACGUUCUCUAAUGGCACAAGUGACAUUUUGAUCCUGGAGCUCCAGAAUGUGUCCUUGCAGGACCAAGGAGACUAUGUGUGCUUCGCUCAGGACAGGAAGACCAAGAAAAGACAUUGUGUGGUCAGACAGCUCACAGUUUUAGAGCGCGUGGCGCCCAUGAUCACCGGAAACCUGGAGAAUCAGACUACAAGUAUUGGUGAAACCAUUGAAGUUUCAUGCACCACAUCUGGGAAUCCCCCUCCACAGAUUACCUGGUUUAAAGAUAACGAGACACUUGUGGAAGACUCAGGCAUUAUACUGAAAGAUGGGAACCGGAACCUCACCAUCCGUAGGGUGAGGAAGGAGGAUGAAGGCCUCUACACCUGCCAGGCAUGCAGUGUUCUUGGGUGUGCAAAAGUGGAGGCAUUUUUCAUAGUAGAAGGUGCCCAGGAGAAGACGAACUUGGAAGUCAUUAUUCUAGUAGGCACGGCAGUGAUUGCCAUGUUCUUCUGGUUAUUACUUGUCAUCGUUCUACGGACCGUUAAGCGGGCCAAUGGAGGGGAACUGAAGACAGGCUACUUGUCCAUCGUCAUGGAUCCAGAUGAACUCCCCUUGGAUGAGCACUGUGAACGCCUGCCUUAUGAUGCCAGCAAAUGGGAGUUCCCCAGGGACCGGCUAAAACUAGGUAAGCCUCUUGGCCGUGGGGCCUUUGGCCAAGUGAUUGAAGCAGAUGCCUUUGGAAUCGACAAGACAGCAACUUGCAAGACAGUGGCCGUCAAAAUGUUAAAAGAAGGAGCAACACACAGUGAACACCGAGCCCUCAUGUCUGAACUCAAGAUCCUCAUUCAUAUUGGCCACCAUCUCAAUGUGGUCAAUCUCCUGGGUGCCUGUACCAAGCCGGGAGGGCCACUCAUGGUGAUUGUGGAAUUUUGCAAGUUUGGAAACCUGUCAACUUACUUAAGGAGCAAGAGAAAUGAAUUUGUCCCCUACAAGACCAAAGGGGCCCGAUUCCGUCAGGGGAAAGAAUACGUUGGGGAAAUCACUAUGGAUCCAAAGCGCCGCUUGGACAGCAUCACCAGUAGUCAGAGUUCGGCCAGUUCUGGGUUUGUUGAAGAAAAAUCCCUCAGUGAUGUGGAGGAAGAGGAAGUCUCCGAAGAUCUGUACAAGAACUUCCUGACCUUGGAGCAUCUCAUCUGUUACAGCUUCCAGGUGGCCAAGGGCAUGGAGUUUUUGGCAUCACGGAAGUGUAUCCACAGGGACCUGGCGGCACGAAACAUCCUCUUGUCGGAGAAGAACGUGGUUAAGAUCUGUGACUUUGGCUUGGCCCGGGAUAUUUAUAAAGACCCAGAUUAUGUCAGAAAAGGAGACGCUCGCCUCCCUUUGAAAUGGAUGGCUCCAGAGACGAUUUUUGACAGAGUGUACACAAUUCAGAGUGAUGUGUGGUCUUUUGGUGUCUUGCUCUGGGAAAUAUUUUCCUUAGGUGCUUCUCCGUAUCCUGGAGUAAAGAUUGAUGAAGAAUUUUGUAGGCGAUUGAAAGAAGGCACCAGAAUGAGGGCCCCUGAUUAUACCACACCAGAAAUGUACCAGACCAUGCUUGACUGCUGGCAUGGGGAACCCAAUCAGAGACCCACGUUUUCCGAGUUGGUGGAACAUUUGGGAAAUCUGCUACAGGCUAAUGCUCAGCAGGAUGGCAAAGACUACAUUGUUCUCCCCAUAUCAGAGACUUUGAGCAUGGAAGAGGAUUCUGGACUCUCUCUGCCUACCUCACCUGUUUCCUGUAUGGAGGAAGAGGAAGUGUGUGACCCCAAAUUCCAUUAUGACAACACAGCAGGAAUCAGCCAGUAUCUGCAGAACAGUAAGCGAAAGAGCCGGCCCGUGAGUGUAAAAACAUUUGAAGAUAUCCCAUUGGAAGAACCAGAAGUAAAAGUAAUCCCAGAUGACAACCAGACGGACAGUGGUAUGGUCCUUGCCUCAGAAGAGCUGAAAACCCUGGAAGACAGAACCAAAUUAGCUCCAUCUUUUAGUGGACUGAUGCCCAGCAAGAGCAAGGAGUCUGUGGCAUCCGAAGGCUCUAACCAAACGAGUGGCUACCAGUCCGGCUAUCACUCCGAUGACACGGAUACCACUGUGUACUCCAGCGAGGAGGCCGAACUUUUAAAGCUGAUGGAGAUUGGACCACAAGCUGGCAGUGCAGCCCAGAUUCUCCAGCCUGACUCUGGGCCCACAUUGAGCUCUCCUCCUGUUUAA